CUCCCAGUUGAAAGCCCACGUACUGAAGGCGGGGCCGGAGCAUGAGGAUACUGUUUCCUAUUGGCUGAAAGUAUGCAUGGUGAUGACGCAAUCUAUCAGCGCUUAAGGAGGAACUGAUAAACCUCGACAGGAAAACCAAAGAAAGAUGGCUGCGAUCCGAAAGAAACUAGUAAUAGUUGGAGACGGAGCAUGUGGCAAGACUUGUCUGCUCAUCGUGUUCAGCAAGGAUCAGUUUCCUGAAGUGUAUGUGCCAACGGUGUUUGAGAACUAUGUGGCUGACAUUGAAGUGGACGGGAGACAGGUAGAGCUGGCUCUUUGGGACACGGCAGGUCAGGAGGACUAUGAUCGCUUGCGACCACUCUCUUAUCCCGACACAGACGUGAUCCUCAUGUGUUUCUCCGUUGAUAGUCCCGAUAGUUUAGAGAACAUUCCCGAGAAGUGGACACCUGAGGUCAAGCACUUUUGUCCCAAUGUCCCCAUAAUUCUGGUGGGGAAUAAGAAAGACCUCCGCAACGAUGAGCUCACACGUCGAGAGUUGGCAAAGAUGAAACAGGAACCUGUGAAGUCAGAGGAAGGGAGGGAAAUGGCAAACAAAAUCUGCGCCUUUGGCUACCUGGAGUGCUCAGCGAAGACCAAGGACGGCGUGAGGGAAGUGUUUGAAAUGGCCACCAGGGCAGCACUGCAGGCUAAGAGACGUGGCAAAAAGGGCCUAUGUCUUGUGCUAUAAAGUAGCAAGCAGGCCACAUACGAAGCAAAGUAGAAGGGGAACCAAACCAGGCCGAGCAAAGCCCAAAAGGGGUCAAUUUAGUUGAGUCGAAAAUAUCAAAUGGGCCAAAGGGGUGGUGGUCAAUUAAUGUGAAAAAAAACAUUCAAGUUUAAUGUUAGAGCGAAGAUAUUUGUUCAACCAGAAUGUAUUGUUUUGCAUUCCUUCCCCAGAAAUUCCCUAUGUUAAUUCAUGCCGACUAACGUUACUCGAAACCAAAUUUUUGUAUUGAAUUCUAAAAACUAUUUUGUACUACUAUUUACCCUAAAAUAAACGCUUCAAUUUAGUCCGUUGGAUCCGACUAUUAAUAAGGGGGAAGAGUGUCUGUCAUUCACACGAUGACCCCUGAAGUGGUGGUGUUGCUAGCGUUUGUGAGCGACAGUCACAAUUUAAGCACAACGUUAAAGAAGUUUCCAUGCUUUUUUUUUUAUCUUAAAUUUCUUUUAUUUUUUAUUUCUGCACAUUCACUCAUUGGCCCGGCUUCUUUAUCCUGUGACAAAGACGGCUUACAAACACGAUUAUUGCUACCAACUUGUAUUAACUUUACUACUAAAUAGCUUACAGCUAGCUUGGGCUUUGCAACUGCAAGAGGAACUUGUCAAAAAGAAUUCUAGCCUGAUGCUUGAAAGUACCAAUGUUUCUUUGUAUGAAAUCACCUGCAGCAUUCGUAGAUAUCAUUGUACUUGUUCAAGUGCCUUGACAGGUUUGGGUCAUCUUUUGUCAUCAAUUGAUUGUGACCACAUUGUUUUUUUGAAACCUUGGCAUUUUUAAUAUAGGGAUGUGUAGACUUUUUCUUUUUUAAAUAUAGCUACUGUGGUAGUUAAAUAUUUGAACAGUUUAAUGAAAAAUGUUUUAUCCAGCACAUUUGUGUACACCUUUUUUUAAAGUGCUUAAAUAUAAAAUAACAUUCCAUGCAUUUGCUUUUUUUGCAUGUCUAUGCCUUCAAGCUACAAAUUACACAUAUUUGUCAACAUUUGCAUGGAGUUAAGCUGCACACGUUUUACUUUUUGAUUGCCUUUUUGUUUUCCUCCUUAAUGCCAACGCAUUUUCAAGAUAUUCACUGUUGUGAUGAAAACUAGAAAAUAGUUAUUUUGAAGAAGAAAAGAAAGCUGAACUCAAAAGUAAGAUAUUCUGGAGGCACGGUAUAAAGAGGGUGAAAUUCGCUUGUCAAGAAAAUCAUUCCAGCAUUAACCUAUAUCCACUGUACUUGUCACACGACUGUGUUGAGAAUUGCUUUAGUUGCAAUAUUAGGUGCAGUAUUUGACCUUGAAAUGUAAUUAGUUUUUAAAGGUAAAUGAUGUGGAGUAACAAAUGACUAUGCAGUACAAUUUUCAACGCAAAUUAAAAAAAAUAUUGCUUGACUGCAUAUAUUUCUACUGUAGGAUGUUUACUUGUGGUUCUUCAAUUUUUAAAUUGGUUGAAGCUGGUUGUGAUGUUUAUUGAAAUGGGUGCCCUGAAACCACUGGAGAGGGAACAGUGACGGUAAAUUGUAUUUUUACCUUUGGACAAGGGAGAUAAUUAUGGCCUUAAAUUCCUGUUUUUAUUUCCUUUAUUCGAGACCUCAACCAGCUUUUACAUGAGAAAAUACACAAGAGCCAGUGUUCCCAUGGUGUCUCUAUGUAAUCAGUUUUCUCACAUAUGUGGUAUAUUAAUUUAAUCGAGAUGUGAUAUUUCACUUGCUUACAUUGUAUUCAGUCAUUAAAACUCAGUAUAAUAAAAGUUAAAAAAA